AGUGAUGCACAAUAAUAAUCAGAACAUGGAGUGUGCUAGAUGACCAUGGACGACGAAGCAAAUGAUGUUGUUUUAAAUUUUCACGACAGUCUGCUAUAUAAGGCUGAUGUUUGCUUACUAGACGACCAGAGAUGGCUGAAUGACAAAUUGCUGGGGUUCUGCUUUGAGUAUUUUGAACGAGAAAAGUUCAAUCACUCAGCUGACAAACUUUGCCUGAUCAACCCUGAUGUUGCACAGUGCAUCAAAAUUUUACCUAGUGAGCAGCUAGGAGAAUUCCUGGACCCCCUGAAUCUCCCCACCAAGCAGUAUGUCUUCCUCCCGGUCAACGACAAUGAGCAGUGUGAACAGACGGGUGGCUCUCACUGGAGUCUCUUGGUAUACAUAAGAAAUCGGCAGGAAUUUCGUCAUUAUGAUUCCAGUAGGGACAAUAACAAGGAGAUUGCCAGGAAACUCGCCUAUAAACUUCAGCCAUUUGUCAAUGCACCUAUGGGCCGUAUGAAAUUCCUGGAAAUGGAAGGUCCUCAGCAAAGCAACUCAUACGACUGUGGAGUGUUUGUCAUAGCAACAGCUGAACAUCUAUGUAAAGAACUUUGUGAGGGGUACAGUAUCCCCCUCAUCGAAAUGGUGACACAGAAAACAGUCACAGAAGCACGGCGGAAAAUCAAAGACCUCAUUUAUCAAACGGCAAAGGACUAUUCAGGGAGUUGAGUCCCUUUGUCAGAUUAGAUAUUAUAAAUUACCGAUUCUGGUUUUCACCAAACGAGUUGUUUUCUGGAACAGUUCUCUGCUAUAUAGGGUUGCUUCGUUAUUAUUAUAAUGUACAGAGUGAUUUUGAAUUUUGCUUUUAUCUGUAUGGCCUACAGACAUUCUAGUAGACACUGUUAUACUUUUGUGAGAGAGGGCUGUUUUGAUUGGAGAAAAAAAUCAUGUGACUUUUGUUUCUUGAUAUGUUUUUCCCAGUUUCCAUCAAUUUUUUUAUUUUAACUGUUGGAUUUAAAUCGAAACUUAUGACAUCCAAUAGGGUCUGUUGAUGAAAAUAAUGAUUUAAUGUCUUAUUCAAGCAUAAGCUAUGUUAUAUUACAAGCAUAAAUCUGCUCACAGAAAAUUGACAGAAAUUAUUGUACAUGUCAAUAGUUAGGAAUGAACGUGUAGGUUAGUGAAAGCAGAUAUACCUCAUUUUCUUACUCUUACUUUGUAGAAAGCUAAGAAGGAAAUAGAUUAUACAUUUUACUUUGUUAACUCAUUUCAUUCUGUGAUUUAUAGAAUAUUUUGAAGUCGUUUGUGUGUAUCCCAAUACAUGCUCAGAAUAGCUUAAUUAAUUAUUUUGAGUUUGCAGUUUAUGUUCUGCAGUUUGGGUUAUGCAGUUUGGGCUCUAAUUAGUUAAAAAAAAGUACUUAAAAUUCUAGAAUGAAUUUAAAUAUUUAUUUAAAUUGGAAUUACAGUACUGUUGUAUCAUGUAUAUCCAUAAAUUUUUUAUUUUGAAGGGGAAACCACUGACAAAUACUUGUAUUUGCUAAGAAUUUGUCACAUACAUGUAUUUACUAGUAAUCUGCUUGAAAACAAAUGUCCUACUGCAUGCAUGGUAAUUGAACUUGCUGAUUGUUAUGGCAAGGCUGAGGGUUUUUUAAGUCUCACCUGAGUAGUUAAGUUCAAAUUACCGGUAUCUUUCCGAUCACCGUUUGUCUAUGUCCACAGAUGCAUCUGUCUUUCCAUCCAUUUAAAACUUUUAUCUUAUUUUACUUCUUCUUUAGAAACACUAGGCCAAUUUCAACCAAACUUGGCAGAGAGCAAUGAAUGAAAUUUUUAGCUGUCUAAGUAACCAAGUAACAAGCUGUAAAGUUAUUGUAAAAAUCUGAUUUCAUUUUCUACUUGUUUUUAUAAUUAACAAAAAUUUUUGAUAGGGAUAUAAAAAUUCAAUUGUGAUCAUUUUUUUUUCUCAGUUAAACUAUGUGGCAUUUGGCCUCUUGUACAUCCUGCAUUUAAUCAUGGCGUUUUUAGCUUUCACAUGAGUUUUUCAAUAUACACUCAGUGUUUUCUCUACAGGUACCCUGUUGAAGAAGUCAGUCUAACUAUAAGAUGAGGAAAGCAGUACUGGUGUAGAUACAUGUAAUUCUAUGAUGAAUAAUUAAUAAAUAAAUGAUUUACACAAAAAACAACCACACAAACACUUUCUAUGAAGUUGUCAUUCUGUAUUUUAAUUCUUGUAUUCUGCAUGGAAAACCCUCUCUUGAUCAUUGUUAACUAAAUUGCAAAAAUCACAGCCUGUGAAAGUACGUUCACAUAUUUAAAGGAGUAUUGUUUUUCACCCAUUUGUCAGUUAGUCUCUAACCAUAUAACGAUGACCAGCUUUGAUGCUGUAAUGGGGUAGGGUAUAUAUGCAGUAUAAAAUAAUAAAUGUGGGUUAAUACAGGGGCAUUAUUAGUUUGUACCAUAAUCACAUGUUUAAUAGUUAACAAAAUAAGCAUGGAUCAAAUGACUUGUGUGGUUUGGUAUUCGAAUCCUGCCAUUUGCACGUAUAUGUAAUUGUCAAUGACAUUUAUAGGUUAUAUCAUCGGACAACACUCCUUAUCUGCAUUGUCUCAGUGACAGUCUUUCCAGUUGAAAAAUAGUACAUAUACCCGUGUAUGGUAGGAAUUAAAUUGUGAUGAACUGUGUCAGAUCCAUUUAGGGGAGGGGGAAGGGGGGGUCAACUACUCUGAC